UCCACCACGACCCCUCGUCAACCUCUUUCUUGGCCUUGGCAAGCGGCGAUGCUGCGGAAAGACCUCAGGAUGGCCGGUCGCCACCUCUGGCUGCCGUCUCGCCGCGCCGUCGGAGCGCGAGCGCCUCGGUCUCCUAGCCUACUGCUAGUGAAGAAUCCCCGCCUCCCUUCUCACCACCACCACCAGCACCCUUCUCCUCAGAUCAAGAACCCAACUUUUCUUGGUUUGGGGAUGAUGGGGAGGGAGCAGAAGGCAGCCGGCCACCACAUUGGGCCGUCCUCUUGCGGCAACAUCCCUACGAAGCAGCAGGCUGCCGCCCUACCGGUGAAGGAGUCCAACGGACAUGUGACCAGCGACGGUGGGUGCUCACCGUUGGCCGGCGCUCUGCCACCCAGUGAGGGUGGGGGAUCUCCGUUGGCCAGGGUUCUGUCACCCAGCGACCGUGGCGGCUCUCCGUCAGCUGGCCCUUGCUGGCCUGAUCCCAGACGCCGCCAGCACAGCUCAAUUGAAGCAAAAAUCGCCGGGUGGCCACAUCUUCUUGCUGCUGCUAGCUCGGUGCCUAGUCUGGUCGGCCACUGUUCGGCUCCAGCGACGUCGCCACGCUGCUCCAGUGCCACUCUCCGCCCCUCCCUCCUCGCCGUGGCCGGAGGUUCCUUCGGCUCCGCUGGGCUUCGGAAUGCUUCUCCGCCUAAAUUGAAAGUGCCAACAAGUCGAUUCUUGAGUACCAUCCCACCGCCUAAGGAAUCAAAAGUUGAUCUAUUGAAAGUGGACAAGACUUGGGCUGUCGAAGAUAGAUCUUUGUCUGACAUCCAACAUGGUCUGGAACUUGGUGUGGAAAAGAUUGGGACUUAUGGGAACAAGUCUCCACUCAUCCAAAGGAUUGAUGCAGCUGAUAUGUUAAACUCCCUCAACCUUGAUAUAGAAGCUUGUUCGAGCUAUCAGGACAAGCAUAUAGAGUUGAAAAAAAUGUAUCAAAGCAAGGUUCGAGUUGCACUUGUAGUUAGGGGUUUGCUUUCACCCUACUCACUACGUGAUAAAGAGGGAAUCGAGCUACAUAAGGAGUACUUCAGGAUAACCUCGUAUUAUCCUAAGUACAUAACAUCACUUGAGUUGAUGAUGGAGCUAUCAUCAAUGAAAGAAAACUUAUGGACAGCAUGCUUUGAUUUCUUAAAAGAGCAGUACUGUAUGGUGAUAGAAGAUUGGGACAAGCCCCUGGAAAUGUCAAUUGGAAUAUUUUCUUUUGAUCGCACUAUGGCUUUCGAUGGGUCUGAUGUUUAUAGAGGGGAAUCUGAUGCAUCCUUCUUCUUGCCGAAAGAAAGGUCUAAUGCAUUGGGCAACAAAAACGACAAUAACAAGAAACCUGGAAGAAUGGGUAUGGCAUGCUGUGCUAUUUGGAACCACAAGAACGAAGUAUUGUCGUCUAUUUUCGUCAAGGGCUUUACCUGCAACCAAGGUUCUAAAUAGCCGGCUAUAACCACUGUUAUAGCCUGCUAUAGCCUUUGAGAGAGGAAAAAACUAGGAUAUUCAUCUCUUAGCUCUAAAUGGCUAAAUCCGCUAAUAGCCGGCUAUAUCCCGCUAUAGCAGCUAAAUUAUGGAUUAUUUAGCCAACUAAAUCAUAUAAUUAGUCUUUAUUUGUUAUUAGUUUAGUAAUGAACUUCAUCUCAUUUACAAAACUUAGUAUUUCAUCAACGAUGUAACAAGGGAAAUGAAGCCCAAGAUGUACAUAAGUCAAUGAUAUUUUCUUGAUUUCAUAUUUAUAUGCAAAAUUACUUAUAGAUUUAUGUAUGGUAUUGAAAUAGAAAUGCAUAAUUGUGAGAAGUUUCUAGAAGAUUAGAGAGCAUGCAUGAACCAUAGUUACCAUGUUUCAUGGUGAAAUAUGGAAUACUCUAGAAAUUAGAUAUUUGUAUGACUAGAUAAGCAUAAGGAAAAUUCUAAAGUUAGAUAUUUUGUAAAGCAUUGUGUAGAAGAUGGACACAUGGCAAAACCAUAUGAGCCAUAGAGUUCUAUAAAUAGGGGUGCUCCCCUCCCCCUCUUGCCAUACCAUGGCAUAAGAUGUCUCAAAUAGAAGAUGACAAGGUUGUCAUGUAGUGUAGUUGUGUUAUGGUAGGGUAGCGAUAUAAAUAGUGCAAGAGUAUUGUGUUGUACUAAGUUCUAAUGACCUGUUGGUGAAUUCUGGGUUCUGACAUGAAUGUGUUUGUUCUUCAGUGAGUGAUCCUAACAGUUCAAUUUCAGAGCUCAGCAAAAAGCAGCUUAAGGUGAAUCCUAAUCUCAAAAUGGUUUCUUCUCUCUUUCUAACUUAGGGCUUUAUCAAAUCUGGGCAAAAUCGGGUGAUGAAUUUAAUUGCAGCUGGAACCGAUCUUGUUGGCAAUAUCUUUCUUGUCAUAUGGCACUCACACUCAGUUUUUUGUCGUAUUUCAUACAGUGCCACACAGAACUAUGUUGUUUAUGUGAUUCGUAUUGUUACCAAAAUCUGAACUAAUCGAUUGAAUUUAGAGUGGAGUGUUAUUAAUAUUAUUUUUCUUUGAGCAGCUACAUUCUAAAAAGUUAAUGAUUGAUUAAUGAAUUAUUUUAUCUACGUAAUUUUAAAUUGUUUGUUACUAAAUUAUUUUGAUGGAAACGUGCGUGUUGCACGUGCGUAUUUGCUAGUUACAGGAAAUUGUCCAAAGUAUCCAAGUAAGACAAGAGAAUAAAGAUCGGUGGCAUUAUAUAUGGGGAUCACCAAAAUACAAAGCCAAGAACUAUUACAAAUUCCUUCACAAAUAAAUACAACCUCCAAGACCCUUCACAUGGAUAUGGAAGUCCAGAUGUUGCAACAAGUUAAGAAUUUUUUCAUGACUACUCCUAAUGGACAGGUUAAACACUAGAAACUUGCUGAAAAGGAAAAGAUACAAGCUGGAAGGAAAUAACUUCAACUGUGUCUUGUGUCCAACUCAAAGAGAAGAAACGGCCUUUCACUUGUUUUUCAACUGUCCUUUUGCUUUGGAAUGCUGGCAGCAAAUUGGUGUUCAGUGGCAGUUUGGGAAACCUUUCUUUCAAAUGAUGGAAAUGGCCACACAAGACUUCAAUCAAACUUUCUACAUAGAGGCAUUUAUCAUUGCAGCAUGGCACAUCUGGAAGCAGAGAAAUAAUUUAAUUUUUGUAAAUUGCCCAGCAGGCACAUUAAGCUGGAAAAGAAACAUCAAGGAAGAAUGUCUCCUUCAGACUUAUAGAAUGAAAGAGUCUGAAAGCUCCUGUCUUAGCCUGGUCUGAUGGCUUAGUUUAGUUUAG